AUGGUGGAGACAGACCGAAGGUUGAGCUUCGUCACUACUGCCCCACCAACAGACGUCAGGUACAACAAGGAGCAGCACCACGACGAGCGCCCAGCUGCGGCGUCCCUUAAUCUGAUCAUGUCUCAAUCCCUCCGCCCCUACUUGCAGUGCGUCCGCAGCAGCUUGACGGCUGCCUUGACGCUCUCCAACUUUGCCUCGCAGACUGCCGAGCGACACAAUGUCCCCGAGAUCGAGGCCCAGACAUCGCCCGAGGUGCUCCUAACUCCCCUGACGGUUGCGCGCAACGAAAACGAGCGCGUGCUCAUCGAGCCCAGCAUCAACUCCAUCAGAAUAAGCAUCAAGAUCAAGCAGGCCGACGAGAUUGAGCACAUCCUUGUACACAAGUUUACCCGUUUCCUGACGCAACGAGCCGAGUCAUUCUUCAUUCUGAGAAGAAAGCCGAUCAAGGGCUAUGACAUUUCUUUCUUAAUAACGAAUUUCCACACGGACGAGAUGCUGAAGCAUAAGCUAGUCGAUUUCAUCAUUCAGUUCAUGGAGGAUGUCGACAAGGAGAUUUCGGAAAUGAAGCUCUUUUUGAACGCCAGAGCGCGUUUCGUCGCAGAGUCUUUCCUAACACCAUUUAAUUGA